AUGAACUCAAAUAAAAAUUUUGUUAAUAAAUUAUAUAGAUAUUAUAGGAAAAAUGAUAACUAUAAUAAGAAAAGAAUAUUCAUAUAUGAAAACACCGUUUAUUAUACUCCUGAUGAUUGUGUAUUUUGUACACAAUUAAAUUGUACCAUUAAAAAGAGAUGGGAUAAAAAGAAGAAAAAAAAAUUAAAAUCAGCUGAAAAGGAAGAAUAUUUUAAAGAUUAUAAAUACUUCGAAACGGAGAAUAAUGAUAAUACUGAUGAAUAUUAUAAAAAUGAUGAAGAAGAAAAUGAAGCUUCCGAUUUAAUGAUAACAUAUUGUGAUAGGCAUGUAAGCCUUAUAAAUAUUUUAGUUAAUAUGUUUAAGAUAUAUAAUAAAAAAAAAACAUAUUUAAAUGUUACGUUAAACAUAAAUUACGUUUUCCUUCAAAUUAUAUACAAUAUUAUUUUAUAUUUUGUUUACUUAUAUAUAUAUUAUACCAAAUAUAUAUAUUAUAUAUUAAGAACAUAUUUGUUCCUAUUAUUAUAUAAUAGUUUUCAUAUCAUACGAGAAAAUUGUUAUUAUCCGAAUAUCUUUUUGUAUAAUUAUUAUAGAAACAGAAUAAAAAAGAAUAUUCUACAACAAUGGAAAAUGAAAAAAAAGAAAAAGAAGAAAAAAAGAAAAAAAAAAAAACAUUCUCUUUUCCUAUGUAAGAAAAAUAUGAGGGACACAAAGAGUAAUCAUUUUGUUAGAAACUAUUCAUAUAAAAUUAUAAAGGAUUCAUAUACCAAUCACGUUGAUGAUGUUAUAAUUAAAUUUUUAUUAUAUAUGUUUUAUGAAAAAUUCAUAAAUAAAUUUAAUAAAUAUAUUAAUAUACAUCAUCAUUAUCAUAAUGUUUAUAAAAAAAUAUAUUAUUAUAAGAUAAAAGAAGGAAUGCUUCCAUUUUUGUGUGAUCAUAUAUUCAAGUGUAAUUACAAUUUAUUUUAUAUCUUUAAUAGAUACAAUUUCCAAUUUAAUGCAUACAACAUAUUAUUAAAUUGUAAAGAAAAGAACAGUGAACAAAUAUUUAUAUUUUUUAACAAGAAAUUUUUAAUUAAAAAAGAUUAUGUUAUGAACUACCUUAUUUAUGUAAUUAAUAAUAUUAGGGAAAAAAUAAAUAAAAUAAAAAUAAUAUAUGAUGAUACAAAAAAAUGUUAUUUUAUAUUUUAUAAAAACAAAUGUACCUCUUGUCUUAUAACACAUAAUAUUUUAAAUGUACCAAUUGAAGGUAUUAAAAAAAAAAGUGAUAAUAUUUAUUUUGAGAAACCAAAAACUAAUAUAAAAAAUGAGGAUGUCAAUUGUAAGUAUAAUAAAAUAUUUUAUAAAUAUUACAUAAGUGUGAUAAAUGAUAUGUUAUGUAUAUCAAAAAAUAAUAUGAUUAUUAAAAAUAUUGAUAGUAUAAAUAAAAAUCAUAAAAGGCUAAUAAAAAUAUCUAAUUAUAAUAUAACAAAUGUUUGUAUGUUUUUAUUAUUACCUGAGAUUUUUUGUAAAUAUUAUAAAAAAGGAGAUAAAAAAAAGAAGAAAAACAAAAAUGUAAAAAAAAUAAUAUUUAAAGAGAGAAGAGUGAAUAUUAAGUCGUAUAAGAUAUUAUUAAAAUGUGAAAUCCUAACACAUUUUAAUUUUUUUAAUGUAAUUAAUUGUGAUAGAUAUAUCUAUCAAAAUAAUUUGUAUAAUAAUCUAGUUGGGUUAAAAAAAGGAUCGUACAUGAAAACAUGUACAAAUGAUGAGACAUAUAGAAAUGAUGGAGAUGUAAAUAAUAAAAAUGGUUAUAAUAAUAAUGAACAUAGUAAUAGUAGUAAUGAGAGAAGUAAUAACAAUGGUGAUAAUAAUAAUAAUAAUCAUAAUAAUAAUAAUCAUAAUAAUAAUCAUCAUAAUAACGGAUCAAAUAAUCAUAAUGGUAAUAAUAAUAGUAAUAAUGAUGAUAAUGAUAAGGAUGACGAUAAAAAAGGAAAUGAUAAAAAAAAUGAAGACAAAGACGAUGAAAAUAAAAGUGACGAUGAUAAUGAUGAUGAUAAAAAAAAUGGUGAUGGUUUGAAUCGUUCCUUGGAUACCAAGAAAAGGAAAGAAAAGAGUAAGAACAAGAAUAAAAUGAAACCAGAUAACACAUUAAAUGAAAAUGUAAAAGAAUUAUUAUUUGAUAAAGAAGGAAAAAGUUAUACAUGUACUAAUAAUGAUUUAAGUCUAGUAAAUAAUACAAUAUGUGAAUCAAUUAAAAAGAGAAAAAGUAAUAGAGGAGAAAAGAGAAAUUAUAAUAAUGAAAAAAAUGAUAAGAAUUCAUUAAAUAAUGUUAUAGCUGAAAAUGCAUAUAAAAUUAUAAAAAAUGGUAGAUUAUAUAAACCUACUGAACCAGUUAAUAUAUUUCGAUCACAUAAUAAAUUUAUGUUAAAAGAAAUGAUGUGGAUGAGUAUAGAUUAUUAUGAAGAAAAGAGAUGGAAAAAAAAUGUUUCAAAAAAAUUUGGAUAUUUAAUGAGUAACCAUUUUGAAGAAAAAAAAAAAAAUGAUAAAUAUUUUAUUUCUUCUCAAAUAUCAAAUGAUAUUAAAAUGUUUUGGUUUUUUAUGUUAAAUGAAAUUAGACCAGAUUUAGUUCCAGUAGAUUUAGAUCAUAAGAUAAAAAAUAAAAAUCACUUAAAGAACGAUUUUUUGAAUUCGUUUAGAAAAAAUCUACAAAUAGAGGAAUAUAAUCUUGAGAUGGAUGAUAAUAAUCAAUAUUCCUUUAAUCAACAUGAUGGAAUAAAUGAGGAAUCAUCUGUACAAAAUAAGAGUGAGAAGAAUAGUUUCUCUAUAAAUACAUCUAUUGAUGAUAAUUGGGGAUUAAUGAAUAAGAUGAGUCAUCAAAAUGGAAAAAAUAAUAACCAUAAUGAUUAUAAUAACAAAUGUGAAGAUAAUAAAAAUAAUGAUUAUAAUAACAACAAAUGUGAUGAUAAUAACAAUAAUGAUUAUAAUAACAACAAAUGUGAUGAUAAUAAAAAUAAUGAUUAUAAUAACAAAUGUGAAGAUAAUAAAAAUAAUGAUUAUAAUAACAACAAAUGUGAUGAUAAUAACAAUGAUGAUUAUAAUAACAAAUGUGAUGAUAAUAACCAUAAUGAUUAUAAUAACAAAUGUGAUGUUAAUAAGCUUAAUAAUAUUUCAAUAGAACAUACUAAUUGUAUUAAUAGUAAUAAAUAUAAUUUGUUAAACAUUUCCACACAUAAAGAAAUAAAUAUGAUCGAUAAUAAUACUAAUGAUAUUAGUACGGUUUGUUGUGAAAAUAAUAAUAAUAAUAAUAAUAAUAAUAAUAAUAAUGAAAGGAAUAACCAUAUAAAUGUAAUGAAAAAAAAGAAUAUCAUAGAUUAUGAAAAUUAUGAUCAAAUUGUUAUGAAUAUAGAAGAAAAUGUUAAUAAAGAAUUAUUGAAAAAACAUAAAAUAUAUAAAAAGGAUUAUUAUACUGUUGAAAAUGUUCAUAUAAACCAUAUACAAUAUGAUGAUAAUAAUUUAUAUUAUAAUGAUGAUCUAUAUAAUUAUUAUCAAUCUAAAAAUGAUGAUGGAUAUUUAGAUUUAAGUAAUCAUUUAUAUAUUUAUUGUUUACUUUUUAUAAGUAUUUCUCUUAUCGAAAUUAAUGAACAUAUUAAUUUUUCUAGACCCGAUAAUCACCUUCCUAAUGAUGUAGAUAACGCAUUGUUAGAAGAUGAACAAAAUAAUAGUAAUAAUAAUAAUUAUAAUAAUUAUAAUAAUGAUAUUUUUGUUAAUUAUAUGAAUGCAUAUAAUAAUGGAGAAUUAUUUUGUAAUAAUACACAAAGAGAUAAUAUUAAAUUUCCACAAUAUGGUACAUUUAAAAAAAUAAAAAACGAAUUUGAAGAUUUCAGAGAAUUGAAAAAGAAAAAGAAAACAGAUAUGUUGAAAAAUAACAAAGAUGGUUUAUUAAGUAAUGUAGAUAACAUUAAUUUAGAUAUCAUAAGAAAAGGUAAUACUGAAUUUAAAGAAAACAAAAUUGUUUUGAAUAAUGAAAAUAAUGUAUGCUAUCCGAAUGCAAAAAGAAAUAGCAUUAUGGAUAAAGAUAUAUAUGAAAAUGAAAAAGACAUUAAUAAUUGUGAAAAUAAUAUAUUAAGAGGAAAACAAGAAAACAUAAAAAAUUAUGAAGAAAACAAAAUGAUAGAAACGUAUUAUGAUGAAAUGUUAUUAAAGAAGAAGAGUAUAAACCAAUUACGAUUAAUAUCAGAAGAGAUGUUAUUAUCCAAAAGGGAGAAUGAUAAUGGUAAUGAUUAUAAGAAUAAAAAUUUUAUAGAUCAUUAUGAUGAAGAAAAUUAUAAUGGAUAUGAUAAAUUAAAUAAAUAUGUAAAUAAAAGAAUAUUAUCCAUUGAUAAUAAUAAUAAUAAUAAUAAUAUUGAAAAUAAAUUGGAUUCAUUUGUUGUACAUAAAAAUAUGAACAAUAGUAAUAUUUAUAAUAUUCUCAGUGUACCUUCAUUGAAUAACACAGAUGUAAAAGACCUAGUAGUUAUACCCUAUUCAUGUGAUAAUAAUAAUAAUAAUAAUAAUAGUAAUAAUAAUAAUAGUAAUAGUAAUAAUAAUAGUAAUAGUAAUAUAAAAACGAAAGAAUCAGUUAGUACUACUAAUCAUAAUAAUAGUAGUAAUAAUAUAAUAUAUGAAAAUAUUAAAAACGAUUAUAUUAAUGAAAUAAAAGAAAAAAAUGUAAAUGUUUAUUUACACAAUAUGGAGUUGUAUGGAGGCAUACCAUAUCCCUUUGAAUAUAAAUAUAUUGAUGAUUUUUAUGAUGACAUUAAUUUGCCUUUAAUGAAUUUAGCUGAAUAUGAUAAGUACACUUUUUUCUUAUAUUUAUUUUAUAUGAAAAAUUCUUCUUAUAUAUUAAAGAAACAAAUGAAAAAGGAUAAAAGAAAACGUAAGAAAGAAUUCACAGAUGUACUUUUAACAAAAAAAAGAACACCUAAGAGGAAAAUAAACAAAUUAGAAAAUGAAAAGAAAAUAGAACAAAUAGAAGAUGCUGAAAAGGUUUUAAGUUCAGAAAAAGUAGUUGAUGGAGAAAAUAUAUUAAAAGUUAUAAAUGAUCAAAAUAAUUUAUCAAAUGAAGUUAAUAUUAUUAAAGACGUAACUAUUUCAGGUACAAAAAUUAAUAGCAAAAAUAAUGACAAAAGUGAUGACAAAAAUGAUGACAAAAAUGAUAAAAAAAAUGAUGGAAAAAAUGACAAAAAUGAUGAAAAGGAUGAUAACAAAACUGGCGAAAAAGGUGAUAACAAAAUUGGUGAAAAAGAUGAUAACAAAAUUAACGAAAAAGAUGAUAACAAAAUUAAUGAUAAAGAAAUCGUUGGUACUGUUUUAAGGACAAGUACUAAGAAUAAGACUAAAAAUAAAUUGAAAAAUAAAGAUGGUUAUGUUAUUAAAAAAGAACAUUUAGGAGAUUUAGAAGAACGACAACAAAAGAAAAUUAAAAAGAAAGAAAUGGAAACUAUUAAAAAAUGGAAAGAGAAAAAAGACGAAUGGGAAUUAGAAGAAACAAAUUUCCUUCUUAUAUUAACAAAAACGUACAUGAAUUAUAUUAACAUGGAUGAAAUAAUUAAGAGGGAAUAUGGAAUAUCAUUAAAUAGCUGCACAGCAUUAGGAGACAUAAAAAAUAAGAAUAAUAUGAAUAAUAUGAAUAACAUGAAUAAUAUGAAUAAUAUGAAUAACAUGAAUAAUAUGAAUAAUAUGAAUAAUAUAGAUGAAACAGAUAAUGGGAAUAAUAUAAAUAUUGAAAAUAAUGUAUAUAAUAGUAAUAAUGGCAAUAUUAAUAAUGUUGUGGAAAUAAAAAAUGCGAAUAAUAGUAAAACAAAGGAACAUGAAGAAAUUAAUAAUGAUAACUCAAAUGUAGAAAAUAAAAACGUAACCAAUGAUUUUAUAAAAAAAUAUAAAGGACAUGAAUAUAUCAUGUCUUUUAAUAAAUUUGAAAAUAAUAUAAAUAAUAAGUUGAAGAAUUAUACCGAUUUUAUAAACUGGAAUAUUAUAUCGGUAGCUUUAGUAUCAUAUAAUAAAAUAAGUCAUAUAUAUGAAAAGAAAAGAGGACCGAAUGAAUGUAAAGAAAAAUUUCUAUCAUUAAUAAAAGAUGAUAUAUAUAAAAUUACCAAGUUACAAAACCUGUAUCAUGAUUAUUAUUUGAAUACCAUAAAAAAUAAUAAUAGCAUGAAAAGAAAAAAGAAAAAAUGUAUAACCAAAGUAAAGUUCUUGCCAUUAUUUUCAUCAAAUAAUGUGAAUAAAUUAAUAGGUAUGUUUAAUAAAUAUAUGAAUGAAAAAUUAAAGAAAUAUGAAUUAAAAAAAAUGGAUAUGAAUAAUAAUAAUAAAAUCGAAACAUUAAAAGUGAAGAAUAUAAUAAUAAAGAAUGAAAAAAUUGAAGAAAAAAAGCAUGAUGAGGAAAUAAAUAUAUUAAAUAAAAAUGAUGAUAAAAUAAAUGAAUAUAAAGAUGAGUUAAACGUUAAAGAUGAAGAUAUUCAUUUAAUAAAAAAAGUAAAAAAAAAAUCCAGUAUUAUAAAAAAAAAGAAAAAAGGUUUUUUUCAUAAUCUUUUUAGUACAUUUUCUGGAAAAAAAAGUCGAGAAAGCUCAGAAGAAGAUACUGAUUGUGGUAGAGAUAGUUUUUUUAGUUGUAGUGAUGUAGAAAUUUCUGCAACAAAAUUAGAUGAUUCAUGCAUAUCAUUUAGUAAUAAUAAAAAUAAAAGUAAUAAAAAGAAAAGAGCAAAGAAAAAUAUAAAACUUGGUGAAGAAGAAAAUGAAAGUGAAUGUAACAAUGAAGGUGAAUGUAACAAUGAAGGUGAAUGCAACAAUGAAGGUGAAUGCAACAAUGAAGGUGAAUGCAACAAUGAAGGUGAAUGCAACAAUGAAGGUGAAGGUAACAAUGAAAGUGAAAUUGCAAGUACUAAAAAAGAAUUAUUAGAUAUUAAUAAUAAAAUUAAUGAUGAGAAUGAUAAUCAUAAUUUUAAUAAGAAGAGAAGUAGUAUUAGCUAUUAUUUUGAUGAUUAUUUUGAUGAACAUUUUGAAGAUUAUUUAGAUGAUUAUUUUGAAGAUGAAUGGGAUGAUUAUGUGGACGAAAAUUUUGUUGAUAACUCUGAUGAAUUUUUUGAAGAAGAUGUAAAUGAAUUUAAAAAAAUAAAUAAUAUUGAUGAGAAUACUACUAAUAAUAAUAGUACAGAUAUUAUAAAAAAAAAUGAGAAAAAUAAUAUAGAACAUAUAAAAGAAUUGAAUAAUACCUAUGUUGAUGAAAAUUCUCACAUAGAAAAAAAAGAACCAACCAUUUGUGUAAAUAUAAAAAAUAGUACAAAUGAAAAUAAUAAUAUAUUAAUAAACAAUGAUACAUUUAAAUCGAAAGAUGAAAAAAAAGAUACAUAUAAUAAGGAAGUAUGUGUAAAUAGUAUAUCACAAUUAAUAAUAUAUAAUAAAUGUAAAGAUGAUGAAUAUAAAUAUGAUUUCAAUUAUAUUUUAAAAAAUAGAGAUAAGAUAAAAAAAUGGUUGAAUUGUAUAUGUAAGAAUAAAAAGAAUAUAAAAGAAUUUAUGAAUAUAAUAAAUAAUGAUUAUUUUGUUAAAAAUAAAUAUUUUCAUAGAUUGAUUGAAAGUGUUGUAAAUAAUGUAAGUAAGGAACAAUCAUCAUUUACAUAUUCUAAUAAUAUAAUAAUAAAUUCAUUAAAUAAAGAACCAGAUUAUGAAUUAACAUAUAGAGAAAAUAGCAAUGAUAGAAAUAUAAAUAAUCCUUUAGAUAAUGAAUUUAUUAAAAUGAUAAGAAAAAUAAUGGAAUAUGAUAAAAAGAGAAAAUUAAAAAGUAUACAAAAAUUAAAAAAUAUAUCAAAUAAUUAUAGUUAUAAUACAAUUAAUGAAUUUUAUAUAUCAAAACCAAAUGAAUCAUAUAAUACAGUAAAUGAAUUUGUUCAGAAAAUAUUGAAUUAUGUACCUUAUGUAGAUGAUAAGAAAAAAAUUAUUAUAAAAAAAAUUAGGAAAAGAUUUCAAUGUAAAAAUCUUAUAACACAAAUUUUAUUAGCUGACUAUAUAUUAGAUAAAUUAAAAAAUUUCCCAAUUAAUGAAUCUAUAGAAUCAUCUAAAAAUAAUAAUAAAACAAUUGAUAUGUUAUUAUCUGAAACACGAUUAAAAGCUUAUAGUAAAUAUAUUAAUGAACAUUUUAAUGAUAAUUACGAUCCAGUUAAAAUUGAAACAUCAUUUUUAAAAAUGUUUUCGUCUGAAAAUGAUGAAUUAUAUAAAAAGAAUAUAUUGAAUAAUAAUAAUAAUAAAGAAGUAACACAUAUAAAUAUUAAGUCUGAAGAAGUCGCAUUAAAUAAAUCUAUCCAAGAAACGACAAAUACUGUAUUAAAAGAUACUAUUAUUGAAUCAAAUGAAAUAUCAUGCAUUGUUGAUAAAACGGUAGAUAUACAUAAUGAACAAAAUGAUAAAAAGCAUGACACUUCCCCUGCAGAUAUUAAUAAUAAGGAUUAUAUUGGAUAUAUGCAUGUUAAUAAGAAAGAAUUGGUAUCUAUGCAAAAUUCUUCUAAUCCUUCAGAUAUAAUUCAGCAAUGUGUUAAUAAGGUUGAAGUGUAUAAUAAGGAUGUAUGCCAGACCAAUGGAUACAUGAAUAUCAAUGAUGAUAAUAAAAUGAAUAAUUUUGUAAAUAAUAAUAUAACUCAUAUCAAUAAUAAUGUGAAUAAUAAUAAUAAUAUUGUGAACCAUUUAAAUAAUAAUAAUAAUAAUAAUAAUGCGAAUAAUAUAAAUAAUUUGAAUGUGAACCAUUUAAAUAAUAAUAUAAGCCAAAUUAAUAAUAAUUAUAAUAAUAGUAAUAUGAGUAGUAUUUAUAUCGCAUCUGAUCAAAAUGAACAUUUUAAUAAAAUGACAGUGAUGGAAAAACAGGAUCCAAUGAAUAACACAAAACAACGUUCACACUCAUCAUAUCACACAUCUUUUCCUAUGCAAAAUAAUAAUACGCCAUUAUACAAUAAAUUGGAAGGAGAUCAAAUUAAAUUAUCAAAAUAUAAUAGUUUAGAAUCUAAUAAGAAUAAUAUAGAUAUCAUUUCAACUAAUAACAAUGCAACCAAAACAAAAGAUCACGUAAUUAAAGCGAAUAAUAAAGGAUCAACAAGAGGCAAGAGACAAACCUUAUCAUUAGUGAAACCACAUAAGGAAAGUGAACAUGUUCAAGAUUCCUCUGUAAUAAAUCAACCAGUAAAAAAUGUAUCGUCCAAAGGGGAGGAAAUUAUAUUAGGUAAUAAUAGGCAGAAAUCACAACCAAUUAAAAAUGUAGAUAUUACAAAUAAAAUGACAAAAUAUAAAACUUCUGUUAGUUCAUCCAUUUUAUCUUCAGAUAAAUUAAAGAACAACAAUAUUUUAAAUACUGUACAAAAUGAAAGUGCAUAUUUAUCCAGCAAAUUUAAUUCCAACGUGCAAACGUUAAAUAAUAAUGUGAAUAAUAAUGUGAAUAUUAAUGUGAAUAAUAUGAAUAGUAAUAUUAGUAAUAAUAUGAAUAGUAAUAUAAAUAAUAAUAUGAAUAGUAAUAUGUGUAAUAAUAUGAAUAGUAAUAUGAGUAAUAAUAUGAAUAGUAAUAUGCACGUUAUGGAUCAAGGCUCUUUUUUCACGUCCAAUAUGGUAAAUAGAGAAGUUAAUAAUUUAUUAAAUGAGGAACAAAGAAUAAAUACAAACGUUGUAAGUAGUCAUUAUAAUUCUGUAGUAUCAAGUACACAAUUUAUAAAUGAUAGAGGAAAUUACACAAACAGAAUACAAAAAAUAUUAAGUAAUAAUAAAUAUAGUUUAACUCCUAUGAAAAAUAAUAUAACUCAAGAAAAUAUGAAUAAUUGUAUAGUUAAUCAUCAAACACCAAAUAAAAACAUACAAGAAUAUUAUAUUCCAAAUGCAUCACCAAAUAAAUUAAAUAAAAGCAUAUCAAAUGUAGAUAUAAUGAAAUCAAAUACGUCAUCUAUAUUAUAUCCGCAAGCACAUAAUUCGGUUUCGUCUAAUUUUAAUAAUGUAUCCGAAACUCUACAAAAUGUGAAUGUAUUGCAUGCUUCAAAGAAAUAUCAUAUGAACAAUUCUAAUGAUAUUUGCACAAAUAUAAAUAACAACAACAACAAUAAUAAUAAUAAUAAUAAUAAUAAUAAUAAUAAUGUGCAUCAUAACAGUAUGAAUCAGAAUAAUAUGAAUACUAUCAAUAUGAAUAAUAUUAAUAUGAAUAAUAUCAAUAUGAAUAAUAUUACUAUGAAUAAUAUUAAUAUGAAUAAUAUCAAUAUGAAUAAUAUCAAUAUGAAUAAUACUAAUAAUAAUGUGAAUAAUAUUAAUAUGAAUAAUAUUAACAGUAAUGUAAAUAAUAUUAAUAAUUCUAUGAAUAAUAUUAAUAUUAGUAAUAAUAUUAAUUAUAAUAUUAGUAAUAAUUAUAAUAACAGUGUAAGUAUGUACAAUAUUCCAAAUAAGGAAGAUGAUAAAUUUAUAUCACCCUUACAUUCUUCAAUGCAAAAUAAUAAAUAUAUGCCUAUAAAUCGUAAUAAUAGUAGUAUGUCGUAUAAUAAAACACCUAUAUGUGAUAGUGUUGAAUUACCAAUAAAACAAAUGUCAGGAAAUAUUUCAAAUAAUUGUAAUGCUUCUAUGCAAUUAGAAGUUUCAUCCAAUAGUUCAUCAAAGAAAUUACAACAUACCAUAGGUAGUAAUACAAUCAAUACAGAUAAAAAAUCCUUAUUAAUGUAUAUAGAAAAUAGAGCAAGAACUGGAUCAUCAUCUAUAAAUAAAAUAAAUGAUGAUAUGUUCUCUAUAAAAUCAUCAACUCCAAGUAAUUAUCCUCCGUCCUAUACAACACAUCAACAAUUUAUAUCAGAAAGUGAAAACAAGUCAAAUUUAUAUCAUGACCAAAUGUUAAAUCAAGAUGUUAUUAUGGAUAAUAAAAAUGUACAAAAUUUUACAUAUGCUCCAUGUUCUAAUAGUCUUAAUAACAAUUUAAAAAAUACAAAUACUAUGAAUAAUGAAACACGAUCGAAUAUCAUUUCAAAUUAUAAACAGGUCAAAUAUUCAAAUAUAAGUGUAAAUAAUACACCUAAUAAUGUAAUUAUGCAAACUCAAAAUAUGACAGUACAAAAUAAUGCAAAAAUGUCCUUAAACGGUUCGACUACACACCCAAUAGUAAAUCGAACAAAUAUGGAAAAUAUAGAUCUUAUAAAAUUAGCUAAUGAUCCAUUAAACAUUCAUAGAAACGGUAUACAUAUGGGUAACAUAAAGAAUGAUAAUAUAGAAGAAAAGAAAAAUGUAUCAUCAAAUAUAAGAAGUAUAGCAGAUAAUUCUCAACGAUUACAAAAUAUACAUUUAGGAAAUCAACAAAAUGAUAUACAACAUAUGAAUUUGGAUAACAUAAAUAAUAAUAAUAAUAAUAAUAAUUUGAAGAUGAAGAAAAAGAGUAAAAAUAACAUUAAUAUAAAUAAUAACCCUAAUAAUAAUCUUAAUAAUAAUGGACAAAUUGAUAAUGCCUAUUUAAAUGUAUCACCAACCAUUUCAAAUUCAUUACAACAAACAAAUAUGUACCAAAGUGAUAUGAAAAAUAGUAUUAUAUAUAAUAGUAGUAUACAAGAAAAAGAUCCAAAUAAUAGAAAUUAUAACACACAAGGAAAUAAUGUGCAAACUAUGAAUCAAUCAAAUGGUAACGUAUACAAUGUAAAUGUACCAAAUAGGAAACAAUCCAAUUUAAAUCAAUAUGUCAAUCCUAUGAAUUUCUUAAUACAAGUUUUAAAUAAAUGUAAUAGUAAUACGAAUGGUCAAGUUAAAGCAAGUGCAAGUAAUGCUAAUGUGAAUUAUGCAAAUGUAAAUAGUACUUCCUUGAACCAGCCAAAUAUAAACAAUGUUGGUAUGAAUCAGCCAAAUAUAAACAAUGUUGGUAUGAAUCAGCCAAAUAUAAACAAUGUUGGUAUGAAUCAGCCAAAUAUAAACAAUGUUGGUAUGAAUCAGCCAAAUAUAAACAACGUUAGUAUGAAUCAGCCAAAUAUAAACAACGUUAAUAUGAACCAGCCAAAUAUAAACAACGUUAGUAUGAACCAGCCAAAUAUAAACAAUUUUAGUAUGAACCAGUCAAAUACAAACAAUUUUAAUAUGAACAAGCCAAGUACAAGCAGUUUUAGUAUGAACCAGCCAAGUACAAACAAUUUUAGUAUGAACAAGUCAAGUACAAACAAUUUUAGUAUAAACCAGACAAGUGCAAACAAUUUUAGUAUGCAUCAGCCGAGUACAAACAAUUUUAGUAUGAACAAACCAAGUACAAACAAUUUUAGUACGAACAAACCAAGUACAAACAAUUUUAGUAUGAACCAGCCAAAUAUAAAUAAUAUUAGUAUGAACCAACCCAAUACAAAUAAUGUUCAUAUGAAUAAUCUUAAUAUGAACCAAUCUGGUAUGAAUCAUACAAAUAUGACAAGUCCAAUAUUUAAUCAAUCAAAUUCUUCUAAACAAAGCGUCAACGAAAAUGCUUUUGUACCCCCUGCAUAUCAUACGUCAAAUAUAAUUCAAAAGAAUGCAACCUCAGUAUAUAAUGAUAAUUUUAAUAAUCCUAAUGUGGUGAAUGUGGGAUUAAAGAAUACUAUGACAAAAAAUAUUAUACAAAGAGUACCUCAAAAAAAAGGAUAUUCUACUCAUGAUAUGAACCAACAGGAGAGAUUACAACAAGAAAGGUUGCAACAAGAAAGAUUACAACAAGAAAGAUUACAGCAAGAAAGAUUACAACAAGAAAGAUUACAACAAGAAAGGUUGCAACAAGAAAGAUUACAACAAGAAAGAUUACAACAAGAAAGAUUACAACAAGAAAGGUUGCAACAAGAAAGAUUACAGCAAAAAUGGGAACAACAAAAAAUACAACAAGAAUUAUAUCAAAAAUCACAUAAUGAUAAGGAAAGUGAAACUAAUAAUUCUUCAUCUUAUCAAGAGUUAAAUAAUCACACUUUACAAGAAAAUACAAUUGCAAAGGAUUCAAUGAGACAACACAUAUUCUUAAAAACAAGGCAACAAGAAAAUAUACCAAAAGAGUUGCAAAAAAUGCAUUCUCAUCAAUUACAAACAGAAAAAAUGAAAACCCAGCAAUUAUCUGCACAUUCUUUACAACAACAAAUGUAUCCGCAGCAAAUGACAUCACAGGUACAUUCAUCCUUUCACGCGCAAAAAAUUAAACAGCAGUUACAACAACAAAUGAAUCAUCAACAAAUAAAUAAACACCAAAUGAAUCAGCAGCAAAUGAAUAAGCAACAAAUGAAUCAACAACAAAUAAAUCAACAACAAAUGAAUCAACAACAAAUAAAUCAACAACAAAUAAACCAACAACAAAUAAACCAACAACAAAUAAAUCAACAACAAAUAAAUCAACAACAAAUAAACCAACAACAAAUAAAUCAACAACAAAUAAAUCAACAACAAAUAAACCAACAACAAAUAAAUCAACAAUCAAUGAGUAAAUAUCCAUAUCAAGCACAAGAAAUAAAAAAGCAUAUGGAUCAACUACAACAAAAUGUAUCAAUAGUGACACAACAAAAAAUGCAGCCAAUUUAUUCUGUGAAACAAAACAUGCCAUUUAAUGAGGAAAAUGAAAUGAAAAGAAACACAAGGAAAAUAACUUUACCAAUGACUCACCAAAUUCCCAAUGUACCUAAUAUACAACAACAAAUAAAUAAUAAAAUGGAUGAAAGGAUGUCAACAGAAAAUAUAAAUGAGAAUAACUUAUAUAAUAUGAUGAAUAGAAAAUUAUCUACCUCUAUAAAUAAAUUUAACAAUCAUGAUCAGUAUUACCCAUAUGAUUCUUAUCAACAACAACAAUUACAAGGGAAUAAUAUUAAUGUUAUGGAUAUUAGAAAUGUUGAUAAAAAUGAAAAUAAUAUAUUUCUAUUAAAAAAUAAUCAAUCAAGAGAUAUUCAAAACAACUGUACGAAUAUUAUGAUGAAUAAUAAUAUACCAUCAUCAUAUAUAACUCCAGGACAAGCUUAUAAACUAAAUUCUAAUCAAAAUAUAAAUCACACCCAACAAAAAAAAUAA